AUGUCUUCCGCUGCUCUGCACCCAGCGCCCCAUCAGUCAACUUCCCUGGCUUCACCGCCGCCUCUGGCCUUUGACAGCCGACAGCACUCGUCGCCCGCCGCCGAAGCGCAUAAUGCUCACAUAGCCUCGACCACCACCGCCUCUUCCUCUUCCCCUUCCAGGCGUCCACCAUCGCGCAAGACAAGCGCCGCCAACGGCUCCUCUCCCGUUGCCGACCCGGCCAUGGCCUCUAGGCUCGGGAACAACUACCAGCAGCAGCAGCAGCAGCAGCAGCAGCAGCAGCAACCGCAGCAUUCUUCGCAUCACUCCGCCUCUGCCAUGGGCCCUGCCGCCCCUCCACGGACCUCUUCCAACCAGCCCGCCCCGGACAGCACCCGGAGGAUCUCCGACUUCACCGCCGACAGGGCUGCCUACACCUCGCGACACUCUCAGCCCGACCCUUCGGCCCGCACGCGCCACGAUGCCCCGGAGAACGGCUACAGGUCCAAGCCGGCCAAUGCCGCUUACUACCCUACCUACUCGACGACUGCGCCCCCGCCUGAUGAACGGGAGGCUCACAUACCCGCAUCCGCCACCAUGCCCAUCCGCACACAACAGUCACAGCCCAAGCCGUCGCGCUCCGCCAACGACAACCCUGUCAGUGCCGUCGCCGACGCCGAAGGAGCCCGCAUCCAUCAUGAUGCCGCCGCACCACCCGUCGUCCCCAACGAAGAGCGGAGGGCCACUCGCAGCAGGCAAGACUAUACCAGCCGGAGCGGUCACAAGGGGACGGUCAGGUUUGGCGACUUCAUUCUCGGCAACACCAUCGGCGAGGGUGAAUUUGGUAAGGUCAAGCUCGGCUGGAAGCAGGAUAGCAGCGCAGAGGUCGCCAUCAAGCUCAUUAAGCGCGAUUCGGUGGGCAGUAACCCCUCUCGGCUGGCCAAGAUUCGCCGCGAAGUCACCAUCCUGCGAGAGCUGCAGCAUCCCAACAUCGUGCAACUCAUCGACAUGGUCGAGACGGAACGGUAUAUCGGCAUCAUUCUCGAGUACGCAUCUGGCGGCGAGCUGUUUGACUAUAUCCUCAACCACCGUUACCUAAAAGACCACUCGGCCCGCAGGCUGUUUGCCCAGCUUGUGUCUGGUGUCGGGUACCUGCACAAGAAGGGCAUCGUCCACCGCGACCUCAAACUCGAGAACCUGCUCCUCGACCGAAACAGAAACAUCAUCAUCACCGACUUUGGCUUCGCCAACACCUUUGACCCUAACGAGGAGCUCGACGAGGAGGAGGAGACGAAUCUGAGCAACAGGGACUACGUCAAGCGGAUAGGUCUCGACAAGGUCAAAGCCAACGGUAUGAGGAAGGGCGACCUUAUGCAGACCAGCUGCGGGAGCCCCUGCUACGCCGCUCCCGAGCUCGUGGUCAGCGACUGCCUCUACACUGGACGGAAGGUUGAUGUCUGGAGCUGCGGUGUCAUCCUCUACGCCAUGCUCGCCGGAUACCUGCCCUUUGACGACGACCCUGCCAACCCCGAGGGCGACAACAUCAACCUCCUCUACAAGUACAUAGUCAGCACCCCCCUCACGUUUCCCGAGUACGUCACCCCUCACGCCCGCGACCUCCUGCGCCGUAUCCUGGUGCCCAACCCCCGAAAGCGAGCCGACCUGUUCGAGGUGGCCCGCCACAGCUGGCUCAGCGAAUACUCCCACGUUGUCGAGUUCAUCACCAGCUCUACCACGCUUCCGGGCGACGUCCAGAAGACCAUCACCCAGCCCGACGACGCUGGCGACGCCCCCAUGGUCCGCAGCUCCUCGGUCCGCGAUGCUCACCGGCACAAGCCCCAGCCGCCCUCGGCCGUCGGCGGCCUGUCUAAGACGCACGGCAAGGUCGACGGCGUCGAGGUCGAGCCCGCCCAGCGCACGCCCAAGGAUGCCAAGCGCCGCACCGUCCAGGUCGAGUACGUGGCCCCCACGACCCAGACCCAGCGCGGUGCCGACGCGGCGGCCUCGACAUCAACCCCGCCUUCGCGGUCGGCUAACCCCCCGGUACCUUCCUCUUCUCGAAUCCCCACCCUCGACAGCCUCGCCUCCUCGAGGGACAAGCCCCUCCCCAAGGACCCCCCGGUGUCCCGAGACGCCGCCGCCGCCGGACGUCCCGCCAGCUCCAGGCGCCCCCAGAGCUCGGCCACCACCGGCCCACGUGGUACCCGGGAACAGCGCUCCCACACGGAGAACUCGUACAUUCCCACGUCGGUUUCGGCUGCCGCCAGGCCGCAGACGGGAGGGUCUAUGUCCUCGGCCGCCUCCAUGGGCUUUGGACCUUACGGACAGCCCGCGCCGCCUGCCGUGGCCGACACCAACGUCGAGGGGCGCAUGUCGCAGCCCUUGCAGACGGGAGAGGCGGAGUCGCAGGGCCACCCCGGCAUCGGCGUCCCUUCCCAAUUCUCCAGGGUGUCAGGUGGCAGCCAGAGCCAAGGGGGUGCAGGCCGCGGCCACAAGAGGUCUACUACGAUUGGCGAUAUCUCGACCAAGCUCCUCGGCCGCAGCGGGUCCAUGUUUGGCAAGAAGCGGACAGACCCGAAGCAGCAGCAGUCGGACAAGUCGAGGAAAUACCCACCUGUCAGCAUGCAGCAGCCCAUGUCCAACUCGAACAGGGAGGAGGCGGCACCGCGGCAGUCGACGGAUUCCAAGCUCUCGCGGCGCUCGUUCUCGCUGGGGCUUGGCAAGAAGAGGAGCGGCAGCGUUGCCGGGUCGCAGACGUCGGCAGAGAAGCCGGAACGCCGAAGGUUCUCGCUCAUCCCUGCCGGCUUCUCGCUCAAGGCGGUGGGUCUCGGUGGUAAGGAUCAGCAGCAGCAGCAGCAGCAGCAGCGGCGGCCCUCGUCGCCCCCCCCCUGGGACUCGCAGACGGACCUGCCCGGCCAUGACGGCAGGACAGUCGACACGCGGAGCCUGACGGCGCACGGCGACGGCAGGGGCAGCGGUGCUAUGCUCGAAUCGGGAUACGGCAACAAUAGCAACAUGCCCCGGUCGCAGUCGUCGAACCAGUCCCGACAUCAACGACACGCCUCGGCCCAGGUGGACACCAGGAGGCCCAGCGCCAUCCCGCAGCACAUGCAGCAGCAGCAGCAGCAGCAGCAGCAGCAGCAGCAGCCGGGCGCGACGAGUCGCCACCACUACUCGGGGUCGGAGUCGUCUAUCGAUGCGCGGCGGCCGCCUACGGAGCCGCAGAUGAGCUCGCCGCGCCCCUACGACAGCGGCUACCCGAACUCGGAGACGCAAUAUUACCAGCGGUCGGAGACGUCAAGGAGCAACCGGGCGCCGGUGCUGCAGAAGAAUGCCAAGAAGUUUACGGACGCGUACGGCCAGGACGAGUACCGCGGUCACGAAGGCAGCAGCGGAGCGGCCAAGCGGGUCAUGGACUUUUUCAGGAGAAGAGGAAAGGCCCGUGGCGGUGAGGACAGGUGA